CGACCAGCUGGUCCAGUGGAUCCAAAACUUCAUCAAUUGGCCGAAGUGUGCAGGAAAGGCGAGGGCUUUUCUCCGCACUUGACCCAUUUGCGGACACACAAACGCUUGCCGAGCCCAGAGAAGUCAUGUACUGAGAGCAAACCGAGGAUGCGGAGCCCAGAAACGGACAGUGAGCACUCGGAGACGGACUCAGUCGGCUCCACCACGGACAGUCAGUCCAGUGGAUUGGGUGCGGUGCGCCACCAGCGACGGAGCACCCAGCGUCCGGAUGUCUUUAGCAUUAAGGCCAUGGCGCCUAGACCCAAUGCCGGACCCGGCGGCUGGUUAUGUCUACUGCUGCCGCUGGCCUUGACCGUCCGAUUGUUGCAUCACGCCACGCCGGCAUGCAAGGACCAGGCAAGGAUGCAGUGGCUCCUCACGGUGGCCGCAGGCGGUAUGGCUCUCGAAACACUGUGUUUCUUCAUCUAUGCCUUUGUGAAGACGGGCAUUUUGGUUAAAUGCCUGGUGAGCCUGUUGCCCGGAGUGGCCACCAGUUUGAGCUUCUAUCUGCUGGUGGACACCUCGCUGACUUUCGCCAUUAUCGUGGGAUUCGUGAUGACCUCUGCGUAUCAGCAAAUCUAUAUUUAUACACUACGUGGCUUCCAGAGAUCCUUCACGUAUGGAGAAGCCUCGGUUUUCGUCCAGGGACUGGUGCUCUUCGCUUUGAGUGCCAUCCACCGGCUAGGUGGAUUCUUCUGCGGCGGUUCUUGGCCAAGUGAGGAAUUUGAGACGCUCGACAUGAUCAUGGUGAGUGCCCUAUUUUGCCUGCUGGUGUUCUGCGUGGCUCUCGUCCUCUUCCCAUCGCUGAGGAAGCCUUACCGCUUCUACUUGUGGACGCUGUUGCUCCUCUUGGCUGUCACCUGCAUGCCGGUGACGCGACCUCUUCCUCUGCUGGCACUUGUGCAGUUCCUGCUCCGGGAUCAGGAAAGACUGGCCAUCUUGGUCUUCUACAUGCUGCUGGUUGUGCUAACCUGCCUCACAGUCGCCUGGCAAAUUGGAAGCUCCGCGAAGGCCAAUACACGUGUGCGCAAGAUCUUCCACCUGCUCAUUGUUAUGGUCUAUAUACCCGGAUUGAUCUUCGAGUGCGCCCUGCUCUACUUGGCCACUGGCGUGGCGUUGGCUGCUUUCGUGGUCCUGGAGCUGCUGCGUCUGCUGAAGAUUCCGCCAUUCGCGGAUAGACUAGCCCUGGCGUUCAGCACAUUCAAGGACGAAAAGGACGCCGGAGAGUUGGCUCUAACUCCGUUCUGCUUGCUCAUCGGCUGCUCAAUGCCCAUUUGGAUGACACCAUGUCCGUGCUCUGGCGACAAUACUCUGGCCUUGCUUUCGGGGAUUCUAGCAGUCGGCGUUGGAGACACUGCAGCCAGUGUAGUGGGCUCCAAGCUGGGACGCAACAAGUGGGGAAGAUCUUCCCGCUCCCUGGAGGGCACCAUUGCGUUCGUGGUGUCCAUUCUCAUGGCCGUCUGGCUGCUGGCGAUUUCCGGCCUGGUGGCCAUGAGCCAGGCCAAGUGGUUCGCCACCAUAUUCGCAGCACUGAAUUCGGCUCUGGUGGAGGCGUUCACCGACCAGGUGGACAACCUGGUACUACCACUGAUAUUCUAUACCAUUGUGGGCCUGGCCUAAAUAAUUAGUUUUAGUGUACGCAUUCCUCGGUGUAUUUAUAUAUAAAAUAGCGCGGUUUAACUGAGUGUUUAAUAAGAAAGUUUAUAAAACUAUAUUCCAUAUCACA